AAAGCCCACGAGGCCCAUAUAGGAAUCGAUCAUUAACCCGCACGAGAGAGAAGCCAAGAAGCCACCGUCUCCUCCUUUCCAGGAACGCGUCUCCUCUCCUCUCUUCUCUUCUCUCUCCGGCGGCGGCGGCGGCGGAAUCCGAUCCGAACCAAGCAAAAAUGACGGCCGGAUACAUUGCUGGGUCCUUGGUUGGAUCCUUCGCCAUUGCUUACCUGUGUGACACAUUUGUUUCUGACAAGAAGGCAUUUGGAGGUUCCAUUCCAAAGACUGUCUCUGACAAGGAGUGGUGGCAAGCCACUGACACCAAGUUCCAGGCCUGGCCUCGCACCGCUGGACCACCAGUCAUCAUGAACCCCAUCAGCCGCCAAAACUUCAUCGUUAAGUCCACUUAGACGAGAGAAACUGGUUCAGUGUCGUGAUUUUACCAUGAAUAUGAAGUUUGUUUUCUAGGCCUUGAGAUUGUAAUAAGAUGCAACAGUCAGGAUACGUUUUGCAUUUUUCACUUCACCUGUGAGCAAACAUUGGAGCUUACAUUAUACUCACAUUUGAUGAAUUCUGUUCCUCGGUGAAAAAUUUCCACUGGGCAGUAAAGAAUUACAUUGUUUUCCUAUAUUCAUAUCUUUUUGUUUCA